UCUGCUUUUUAAUUAGACAGACACACACAAGCCCCACCUUCUCCUGCCUCCUACUGUCUCUCUCUCUCUCUCUCUCUCUCUUUCGUUCUCCCUCCCUCUGCUGACAAGUGUACAAGACUUGUGCGGCGUCACUGGGAGGGAAAGAGAGGUCAGAGAGGGAGAGCGAAAGAGAGAGGGAGACAGAAAGAGAGGGAGCGAACUGAACGGAGCAUCUAAGAGGAUAACUGCCUGUUUGUUCACUGUGUCUCUACUCCUGCUCUCCCUCCCAUUCUGUCUCACACACGUGCCUGCACACACACACACACACACACACACACACACACACACACACACACACACACACACACACACACACACACACACACACACACACACACACACACACACACACACACACACACACACACACACACACACACACACACACACACACACACACACACACACACGCACUGACAUUCACCUGCAAAGCCACAGUUCUCAGGCUGGGAGAUGAAGAGGCUCACAGUUGAGGAGAUGAAUUUGGGGAGAAGAGAGUGAAACAGAGGGCACAGCAGAGGGAGUGAGAGAGGGGGGGACAGAUGGAGUACUCACUGAUUAUAUUAGGGAACGGAGGAUCGGAGCACACAAAGCAGCAGUGACAGAGAGGAGUGAAAGAAAGAAAGAAAAACUGGAGCGAUGUGAAAAUGAAAGAAUACCAAAGAACAACAAACAGCGAGGAGGACAGAGAAGAAGAAGCAUGUGAGUGAAACAGUAAAGUGAGAGAAGAGAAGAAGAGGUGGUGUGUGUGACUCCUCUGUUCAGUGUCCUGAAGGAUAUACCGAGCAUCACUUUACUUCUACCCAAACAGCCCACGACAGAGGGAGAGGAGGACUAGUCCCAGGAGAGGAGGGAAAAGAAAAACAGAGAAUCGGAGGGCAAGUGUAAAAUACUGAUAUAAGGAAUACAUGCUCUUCGUUGGUGCAGUGGAUUAACUGGAACCCAGGCUAUUCUGUUAUCCUGCACAAAGAGUGGAAGAUGAGUCACUAAGAAGAGGUACUGGAAGAGAGAGAGAGAGGAGAGAAUGUGAGAGAGGAAGAUAGACCAUUAUGGGGAGUCGCACAGUGCUGUCCCACAUCUUACCAAUCCAUUCUUCCUCCAGCCCCCUGGGACAAUGCUAAGCGGACAGGAAGGGCCAGCCUGUAUAUUCGGGGGAUGGGAAGGAUGGAUAAGGUGUAUUCAGAGGAGCUGUGCCUAUUCGCCGGUAGAUACAGUGUCCCUGUCACGAUUCCAUCUCCUGGGAUGUUAUUAGAGGUACGUUGGCGCUGAGUGCAUCCAGGAGUCAUGCAACAUAACUGUGUGUCCUGCUCUCACGCCCACCUCUCUCUUCUGGGUCUUCUGACUUAUUUAAUGUGAAAUAACAUGUCCUCUUUUAGAUGUAGAUUUUGUACGAGGCAUACUUUAAGUUGGCACUUGCUCCCAUGUUUAAUGUGCUGACGUUAUUAUACUUUUAUUGCGGCUCUAUGGAACUGCUCUUUAUACGGAAAUCAGGAAGCUGAGUGGACGAAAAUUAUAAGUAAAUUAAGUUCUGUGGACUAUGAGACUCCGGUUCACCCUGAAGACUGACUUUAUGAUGUUAAAGCUCCGAAUACAGUUCUCUCUAUCCAUAGUCUGAGCAAAGCACAGACCUUCUGGCUUUGGUUACAUUUCUCAGGAAGUCAGAUAGCUAGAGAAACACACACACACACACCUGAGAAAGGACCAGUCCUAUGGAGUGCUGCAGAAGGGGGAUGGCAGGACGGACGGCACUGCAGUGUGACAGUUAUCUCAAAUCACCUCUAUGAUCACUCAAACCAACAAGCUACAGCUGUCGCCCCAGAUCUGCUUGGUGAUGGAACUCCAGCUCAACAAAUGCGACAUUACAUGUAUCCCAUUGUCAUAGAGAAGAAACGAAUUGUCAACAGACAAAUUGCAUUGAGAUAGAAUAGAAUUACUACCUACUCUCCGACAGAGGACUUUAUCACGUCAAACGGCCUGCAGGGACUGUGGAUGUCGAGGGGAAGAACAAGACGCCACAGGAGACAUGGUGAGCAAAGAGCCGAAUCACUUGCUCAUUGGCCAAUACACCAACAGCAAGACCGCCGACAAACCGCCUGGCGCCAUGACCGUGCGCUCCGUGCUGCUCAACCGCGACUCGCCGGACAUCGAAAGCCGCCUCAAGCGCCGCCGCAACCGCACCCACCAGGUGCGCUUCAAAGACCUGGAGGAUGGCGUUGUUGGCGGGACCACUGGCGCUGGAACCAAAGGCCCAGAGAGGACUGCCGCUGAGCGUGACAGCCCCCACCCCCUGCGGAAGAACACCCGCAUGAGCCCCAUGGCCCCCCAGGGAUGGCUAACAGAGAGGUCAAUGGGGGACGAGGUUUCCUCCAACCAGGCCUCGGUGGUUGGGGCUGUCCGAGGAGAUAUGGCAGACACUAUUGAGGUAGUGGCAGCAUUUUUGGCACGGGCACCCCCUCACCCGCUUACCCCGGGGCCCACGCGCCGCUGCUGGGCACCACCAUCGCCCCCACGGCCUUGCUCCCUCACACUACCUCUCUCCCGGAGGCAGUGCGCCAGCAUGGCUAUCCAGACCCCCUCCUGCCUCAAGAAGCCCAAGCCACGGGCGCCCUCGGCUGUCAGCACUCGCAACCGAAAUGUGGGAGACUCGGUGGGGGUGAAUGGGGAUGACGAACAGGACGAUAAAAAGGAUGAGUACUACACUACCCACAACCACAUUUCAGAACCUGCAUCUAUAGAUGGAAACGGCCUUGGGUCUAAGGCUAAACAGGGAUUGGUGGACCAACCCCACUGCCUCAGGACUAGCGAGGCGAACACUGAGGCUAACACCAGCUCCCCUGCUGUUGGGAAUCACGUGGACUCUUCCAGGCAUGACUCUUCUUCUUCCCCUCCCCCAGUUUGGCUUCGGCACACUGCAGAGCCUUGCUACUGCGGUUCUGUGACCUGUGGGAGGGAGGGAUCUAAACGCCAGGGGAGUGCAACUAUGUCCCAAGUAAGGAGGAGAUGGCGCAUGAACCGUGGUAUCAGUGACCCGGGAAGGGAGGUGUCCUACUGUACCACUCCCACACAGACAGACAGUCCCUGUGUCUCCCCUCCUAACUCCCCACCUCCCUCAACUGUGCAGCCCUGCACCUCCCCACCUCCCUCGACUGUGCAGCCCUGCACUUCCCCACCUCCCUCGACUGUGCAGCCGUGCACCUCCCCACAGCCCUCGACUGUGCAGCCCUGCACCUCCCCACCACCCUCGACUGUGCAGCCCUGCACCUCCCCACCUCCCUCGACUGUGCAGCCCUGCACCUCCCCACCUCCCUCGACUGUGCAGCCCUGCACCUCCCCACCUCCCUCGACUGUGCAGCCCUGCACCACCCAAACACAAACUGACAGUCUCUGCACCUCCCCGCCUCCUCCCACCGUGCAGCACUGCGCCUCCCCGCCUCCUCCCACUGUGCAACACUGCGCCUCCCCACCUCCCUCGACUGUCGAACCCUCCACCCCCAAAACUCAGACUGUGCCUCUCUAUGCUUCCGUACCUAAAACUGUGCCAACCUCCACCCAUCCAUAUUGUGAAACACCACCACUGGUGGCUCUGCCUUGCGCCUCCGCACCCCGGUCUAUCUGUAAAUAUCCCCCGAAAAAAUCAGCGCUUCCUCCAACCUUCCAUCUAAAGCUCAAACCACUCCACCUCUCGCUACACAAACUGAAACGGUCCCACCCAAACUAA